UUGUCUCAAACAGAUGAGUAAUAAAUGUCAAAUUCAAGCUGACAGCAGUUGUCAGUGUGGGGUACCUCCCUAAAGUUUAAAACAAAAAUUUAAAAUUGCUUGAAUAUCGAACAGAAUUCGUGUAGACUGACCAGAGUCCGCGAAUUGGAUUAAUCAUGACUGAACAACACCGGUUUGGAACAACCAUAGCCCCCAUAACUUGUCAUGCUUGGAAUAAGAAGAAAAACCAGAUUGCAAUUUCUCCUAACAAUCAAGAAGUUCAUAUUUACGAAAAAUCUGGUUCAGAAUGGAAAAUAACAGAUAACCUAGCCCAACAUGACUUGAGAGUUAUGGGAAUAGAUUGGGCACCGAACACCAAUCGUAUCGUUACAUGUUCCGCAGAUAGGAACGCAUACGUUUGGAACCAAGAUUCUGAUAAGAAGUGGAAGCCAACUUUGGUUCUGUUGAGGAUCAACAGAGCUGCAACCUGUGUUAAAUGGUCACCAGAUGAGAAUAAAUUUGCGGUUGGGUCUGGUGCCAGACUCGUCAGCGUUUGUUUCUUUGAAUCUGAAAAUGAUUGGUGGGUAUCCAAACAUAUCAAGAAGCCUCUGAGGUCCACAGUUACUGCAUUAGACUGGCAUCCAAAUAAUACAUUGCUGGUUGUUGGCUCCACUGAUUUUAAGGUUCGGGUGUUUUCUGCCCACAUCAAGGACAUUGAAAAUGCCCCUGAACCUACUCCAUGGGGUUCCAAGACGACUCUUGGAACCCUUUUAGCUGAAUUUUCAAAUUCAUCAUCUGGUGGUGGUUGGGUGCAGAGUGUUAGCUUCUCCCCUGAUGGAAAUAAGAUUUGUUGGGUAGCUCAUGACUCGACAGUGAAUGUGGCUGAUGCUUCCAAAGGAAAUGCCACCAUCAAGCUAAGAACGGAAUUUUUGCCAUUUGUGAGUUGCACUUGGAUUAGCAAUAAUUCCAUAGUUGCAGCUGGACAUAGCUGCAUUCCUGUGCUAUACCACCAUACAGAUAAUGGACUUGUGUUCAGUGCUAAGUUGGAUGCCUCCCAGAAAAAGGAAUCUGGGGGAUUAUCAGCAAUGAAAAUGUUUCACUCCCUAGAUAAGCAGGCAAGGAGUGAAUCUUCCGAUACUUCUAUUCACUCAAUUCACCAGAAUGCCAUAACUUGCAUAUGUUUGUAUGAUGGUACAAAAGCGAACUGUAAGAAAUUGAGUACUUCAGGCCUUGAUGGGCUUCUUGUUAUUUGGGAUAUAAACUCUUUAGAGAGAUCGAUUCAGGGUUUGAAGAUUGUUUGAAUUAUUCGUUUAAUUUAACAUUUCUUCGAAUUUUGUGAAUUGUAUAAUUAAUCCCUUGGUUUUAUAUGUCGAACAAUGCUACUUGAAAUUUAUUUACUGAAUGGAAAUGUUGAAAUUCCUUUCAUAUUGUUUAUUCAUUUAUCCCUGCUUUAAUGAAAAAGAGUUUUUUUCUAAUAAAAUAUUUUUUCUGUUA